CGAGAUUGAACUUGAUUGCCAAAGUAAUUAGUCUGCACCGUCGACUGGAGCUUCCCUCGGUGAAUGUCGCGCGCGCGAGAGCAGCAGCAACACGGACGACAUCGAUUUGUCAUCCGUUUCCUCUCUCUCCCCCUGUCCGCGUGUCGGGAAGUGGUGGAUGUGGCGAUCUUAGCGGUGCAGUAAAGCGGCGGGCGGCGCGAGCGCGCGGAGAGACGGGAGAAAUGGCAUGUCAUGGAGCGGCUGCUCGUCCUGAUCGUCGCUGCCUCGGUGGUGGGCGCAAUCCAGGCGCAGAAUUGGCGACCAAUCAUACCGUCGGCAGCGCUCACCACCAACGUCGUUCAUCGCGUGCCUGGCUCGCUCUACAAGUACAAUCUGCACGAGGAUGAUCCCGAGCAUCAGAAUCUGCUGGGGCUCCAUGUUAACCGCGACGAGUGCUCGAUCUACAAGGUGGUCAUGAAUCAGCAGCUCUACUUCGAGUACAUCCACUACAAGAUCGACCUGCCUGACCUGAAGGAGUUCACCUUGUGCAUGUGGACCAAGUUCAACAAUCACAGCAACGAUCAUCCGCUCUUCUCGUACGCAACCAGCGAGCGAGCAAGAAGUAUUCUGGCAUGGGUGGCCAACACUCAGCGGAGCUCGUACUUCAUGCUCAACGUCGACGGGCACAAUCUCUACAGGCUGAAUUACCCGCUGCGGCUGAACCGAUGGUACCACUCGUGCCAGAGCUGGAACGGUCGCACGGGCGAGUGGCAAAUAUGGGUCAACGACGAGCGCGUCGGCCGAGGCUUCAAUAAUCGGCUCGUUGGCCACGUGAUCAAGGGCGGCGGAGUGGCCAUUUCCGGCCAAGAGCAGCGACAACUGGCCGGCGGCUUUCUCGAGGGCGAGGGCGCCCCCCCAGGAUCAGGCGGCAUGCUGGGGGAGAUAACGAUGCUGCAAUUGUACGGCGUAGCCUUGAGCGCUGGCAAGGCGCAUCGCGACCACAAGCACCACCACGCUCACCAUUUCGAGCACGAUACCAGUAACAAUGUGCCGCCGUCUACCACUACGACUCAGGCGCCGGUCACCGGCCCACCUCUGCCCAUGCACCCGCUGCUCACCGCCGGACAAAUCAAUUACAAGGUGAAGGUGAAUCCCGGAGCGCAGCUCCAGAUCUCGCAGAACGGCCUGACCCUGCGCCACCCGGGCUUGCCGCAGCCGCUGCCGCCAGCCAUCAUCCCCGAGCAGUCGACCAUCGCGCCCGCGAUCUCGCCGUUCAACUUUGCCCAGCAGCUGCUGAGCAUAGCCAGCCCGAGGCCGGCGCCCGAUAGCACUGGGCCUUUCGGCGGCGCCGGCCUAGCGCCACCGGUCAACGGGUUCAGCUUCGUGGACAGGAGAUAUCGCGACGCCGAGGACGACGGCACCGACCUCAUGCAGAGGAUCGUCGAGAACAUGGAGCUGAAGAGGCUCGCCAAGAGGGGCACCGCUGGGCACAGCGAAGUGGCUGCUGCUGCUGCUGCCGCUGGCAAGGCGCGGAGCAGCUCGGAGCCCGGGCCGGCGCCGAGGAAGACGGCGAAGCGCGGACUGGUGUUCCCGGACGGCUCGAUAGUCGACGACGCUUACGUGCAGCAGUCGUCGCAGCUGCUGUCGCCGUCCGACGCCGGCUUCCUCGCGACGGGACUGGCCGGCUUCGGCCCGGCCGCGGGCGCGCCCCUGCGCCAGAAGCACGCCGGCCGAGUCGACGAGGAGGAGACGAACGCCCAGAAGGAGUACGAGCGCGAGCCCGCCGAGGACGAGGUGCGCCGAGUGAUGAACGUGUGCGACGGUUGCGCCGAGGAGCCGUUCGAGAAGGCGCUGGUCCUCGGCUGGAGGGCCGUGCCGAAGAAGCUCUACUCCGGCGCGCUGCACGUGCCCGCCCUGCAGGCCUGCAAGGCCUUCUGACGGGGCUCGCGCGGCGCCGCUGCGUUCCGACUGACAAUGCCAUAGUUAUGACGAUGUCUCGUUGCACGCGGUCAGCUCUGCUUCCCCCGACGCCACGUGCCAAAAAGCGACUUUUAUUUAUUUAUUCAAUGCGGACGGGCCGCCGGACAGCUCCUUCACACGUUUCGUGCGUCUCUCCUUAGUCUACUGUCGCGCAUAUUUGUCUUGUUCUCCGGAUAGGCGCUAGUUGCAUCGAGUACGUGCACUCGUACGGGCCGAGACGCGCAACGCGCACUCGCUCCGUUCAAGCUCGCGGUCUGCGUACAUUACAUAUUGCUAUAAGUGUUUGUAAGUUUUGUGGCACGCUGUACGCGAAGGUUGUUUUGUGAAAUAAUAAAACGAUCCUUGCU